AUGACCGAACGCAUCCCAUCCACUCGGGCCACUCGACCACGCACAUCGCUCUCUUACGAUGACAUCAAACCGUUUGUCUUCGUGAUCCUCGCAGCCACCUACCUCGUUGUGUUCAUGAUGUCCGGCUCGAACUCUUCUCACUCGACAAGCUUCUCCAUCACCACCGGCGGCAAACUCCUCACCAACGACAAAGCCUUUGCCAGCGGCAAAGACUGUUUCUGCAGCGGGGAAUUUUACCUCUGCAACGCCACCAUACCAGAGCUUUCUCCCAUCAAGAAUCAAAGCUCCAAUUCGACGAACCCUUCACAGGGAACGAAGCCGUUCUGGGAAGUGGGCGGCAAGGGAGAACAGUCUCUCGAAGUACUCAUUGGGUCGUGCUAUUCACUCCGAUGCCAUGGAGUGGCCAAAUCAGACAGUACCGUGUUGAGGAAGCAUCAAGAAGAUGGCCAGGUGCAACAAGCUGGGUCGAGGGCUAGGUUCCACAACAGACCGGCGAGCACGCUGCUUCACACGCAUUAG